AUGUCAUCAGUUCUUCUAGUGGGCUGCCCUGACACUACACGCAAGACUUGGGUGAUGCUGUGGAUGUUGUGUUGGCGUUUGAUGGCCUUCGUGCUGUCAUUGGCCUACACUUCCAACCUUGUGGCCUUCCUCACUGUUCCUGUAACUCGGUCUAAGAUCCAGACUGUCGACGAACUUGCUGCUUCUAAUUUGAGGGUGUUAAUACAAGACUACGGAAUCUUCGUACCAGAAGCGCUGCGGAUAUCCAAAGAUCGGUCCCUCAAUAUUCUGGGCAACAAAAUGGACAUGUUUCCAUUUGAAUACAGCAUGUUUCCCUUCGAAAAUGCCUUUCUCAAAGUCCUUGCAGACACACAUGCUCUGCUGGAAACUUACUCAUACCUUUACCUUGAACGAAAAAAAGCCAAUUUAACCGAGUCCACCUACAUCAUGAGAGAAACGGUGUUCCCUAGUUACAGUUCCUGGAUUUUGCCCAAGAACACGCCAUACACAACCGUCAUUUCUGAGGCUCUCCAGAGGUUCGUCGAGUCGGGCAUUGUCGAGAAGCUCUAUAAAAAGCAUAUGGAUGUGCUUCACGAUCACCAGGCAGUGAACAGCUUGCAGGCGUCGGAGGCUCCGGUGCUGCGAUUAUCACAUCUACAAGGGCCCUUCAUGAUGCUAGCGAUUGGCUUACUGCUUUCGCUCGUUGCUUUCGUUGUCGAAAUAGCCCGCGAUAGCGGCUAA